UUUGUCGAAUACUCGUUGUUGUUUGUUCUCGUUGAACUUGCAUAUUUUUUAUAGAAAUUUUUCUUUCUUGAAAUAAAGAUCGAAGAUGGUCUUCGAAUCGAUUGUUGCUGAACUCUUGAACAAAGUGUUGGGGGAGUAUAUUCAAAAUUUGGAUUACUCGCAAUUAAAACUGAGUUUAUGGAGCGGAGAUGUAGUAUUAAAAGAUUUAUUAAUAAAAGAAACUGCAUUAGAUACAUUGGACUUACCCAUUAGAUUGGAAUAUGGAAGAUUAGGAAAACUUAUAUUAAAAAUACCAUUUAAAGAUAUGUGGAAUGGUCAGAUUGAUGCUAUAGUUGAGGAAUUAUUUGUACUCAUAGUACCCUCAAGUCAGGUUGUAUAUGAUGGGGAAAAAGAAGCAAAAAUACAGCUUGAAGCUAAGCGUGCAGAACUAGCAAGGGUUGAAAAAAAUAAGCAAUUGGCAGAUAUCAAAUCACAAGAGAAGUUAGAUGAUUCAAUGGUUGAAAAACUUGUUGCCCGUAUGAUAAAAAAUAUUCAUGUUGAAAUAAAAAAAAUACAUGUGAGAUAUGAAGAUCACAUUUCAUUCAAGGACCAUCCAUUUUCAGUUGGUUUUACACUCAACAAAUUUAUCUUACAAAGUUGUACAGACUCUUGGGAGGCAAAUGGUAACUUAAAAGAUAUGUAUGCCAUUCCACAAAUUUACAAGUUAUGCACACUAGAUGGUUUGGCAGUGUACCUCAAUACAACUGUAGAACAGUUUAGUAACAAUGCACAAUCAAACUAUUCAGAUCUAUUUUAUAGUGGUAUUGCAACCAUAGAUUACAAUCCACCUGGUUAUCAAUAUUUAUUGGGUCCAAUCAAUGUCAAUGCAAAAUUAAAGUUAAAUCCAAAACCAGAAACAGAUGGAAGUAAUUACACUAUUCCUAAGGUGUGGCUAGAUCUAGAAAUGCAAAAAUUAAGAAUAGGAAUAGCAAAGAGACAAUAUCACACCCUAGUUCAAUUAGGGGAGGGUUUAGAUCAAGCUCAAAAGGCUGCACCAUACAGAAAGUAUAGACCAAAGUUAACAUCAUACAGAGGACACUAUAAGGAAUGGUGGCAUUUUGCAUAUACUUGUGUCUUAGAAGAAACAGUACGCAGAAAUCGUAGGAAUUGGGACUGGAAUCACAUGAAAGAACAUAGGGAUAUGUGUCGUUCUUAUGCUACAGCAUACCAAACGAAAUUAACAACUAAAAAAGUCGCGCAAGAAACAGAAGAUCAUCUGACAAAUUGUGAAAUGAAAUUGGAUAUUUUCAAUUUAGUCAUUAUUAGGCAGCAAAUUGAAAUGGAAGUAGAAAAAUUGGCAGAGAGAGAAAAGAGUUUAAGAGCAAAACGUGGUUGGUUUGGUUUUCUGUGGUCUAAUGCACAGACAGAGGAAACGCAAGAAUUGAAUUCGGCGGCUGCGAUAAUGAGGAAAUUCGAACAAGCGCUGACACCAAAAGAAAAAGAAAAGUUGUACAAAGCCAUAGAUUAUCAAGAGAACACCGCACCAACUCAUUAUCCUGAAUCAUAUGAAGUGGCCGACACACGAUUCUUUUUACACGAACUUCAAGUUAUUAUUUUAGACAUGGAUAAAGAACAUCCUUGUGUUCUGGAUCUUCAGCUUCAUGGUGUUGAAGCUUGCUUCAAGUCAAGACCAGCUGCUAAUGCCAUUUUAGUUACCGCGUCAAUUAAUGAAAUGAAACUGUUAGGAACGAAACAAGGCGAACAGGUUCCUUCACUGUUCAAUUCUCAUCAGCAUAGUACAGAUACUGCUUUACUGUAUGUAUCAUACGAGAAAAAUCCUUUGGAUAAGUCAUGCGGUGAUCGUAUUAUAGCAAGAUCGAAGUCCGUGGAUAUUAUUUAUGAUGCACAAACCGUAAUAGAAAUAGUUAACUUAUUUAAAGUACAAAACUCGUCGACUUUGAAUAAUCUCCAAGCAGCUGCUGCAGAACAGCUAGAAGGUUUGAAAGAAAUGUCGGCCCUAGGUUUAGAACAUGCUAUUCAAAAGCAUUCGGUAUUAGAUAUACAGAUUAAUAUGCAAGCUUCUCAACUAAUCAUACCACAUGACGGAUUUUAUAAUAGCACAAAAUCAUUGUUAGUAGUCAAUCUUGGUAGCUUGCAAAUGCACUCUCUGGAUAAACCAAAGGACGUUGAAACUAACGUAACUGUGAAGCAUUUGAUCAGUAUCGGUAAAAGCGAAGAAGAUGUGUUACUGCAUUUCAGAGAACGAAGUUAUGACAAGUUUAUUUUAAAGAUAGUAGAUUUUCAAGUAUUAGUUUCACUGCCAGGUGAAGAUUGGCGCACAACUCUAUCCAAUGUGGAUGAUUCCAUGACUUUACUGCACCCAACAGCGCUCGAAAUCCAAUUUCACAAAUGUUUAGUAACAGAUGAUCCUCUACUUCCAAAGUUUAGGUUUUUAGGGCAAUUACCCUCAGUUUUUGUCAAUAUAACAGAUAUUCGUUUAUUGCAAGCGCUUUCUAUUGCUCAGAGCAUACCACUUCCAAAAGAUGAAGAACCGACAGAGCUUCGCAAAUUAUCACUUAGCAAAUCUGUUUCACAAUUAUCUUUAUUGAAGGACAUAACUACUACUAUUUCUGAGAAGAAAAAAGACGAAGACUCUAGUGUAACUUCGAUUAAACAAACGACUGAUAUGGAAAUAAAAUUUGAAAUGAAAGAAUUUGCAAUACAAAUUUCCUCACAAAAAGGCAGUACGAUAAUACCGUUUAUGAAACUCGAAGUAGUACAGUUAGAAGCAGAAAUGUUGCAACGAACUUAUGAUCAGGAAAUAUUACUAAGAUUAGGUGGUGUUCAAAUGAAACAACACUAUAAUCAAACAGAAAUAUUUAUGGUGAACACUCCUAUGUUGUCUGGUAAAGACGAGUAUCUGAUAACAGUGCAGUAUAUAAAUGUGAAUAAACGAUCCCCUGAAUUUAAAACAAAACACGAGUCUGUUCUGAAAUUGUUGAAAUUAGAAUUUACAACGUUAGAUGUUUUACUGCACCAAGAAGCUCUUAUAAGUCUCCUUCAAUUUGCAUCAUACAUGCAGCAUCAAAUGAACGCUAUAGCGAAUAGUAAACUGGAAAAGGAACCUCAGGUGCGUCCACGCCCCACUCAUUUGACUUCCAUUCAAGAAGAAACCUCGACGUUUUUGAGGGAACAAAUUCACAAACAAAAACUUAGAUCAACGUCACGUCGGAAACGAACAGUGAUUGAGCAUAUAGAUUUAAAGGUUCAGGCAAAAGUUGGAACAAUUUGUAUGAAGAUAACUAGUGAUUAUAGAGAAAUUACUGCAUUUUAUAUCGCCGGUAUCACUGCCGGAUUUAUAAUGAAAGCUUCCUAUUCCCAAGCAAAUGUUAACUUAUCUUCUAUCAGUAUUAAAGAUCUUAAUGCAGCAUCAGCUUAUAGAGAUAUUGUGUCAGUGAUAGAAGACACUGAAUCCUUACAAAUUCAAGCUGUAAUGUACAACAUCGAACCAUCAGAAACUGAUAAAAAUAAUAUGUCUAUCACAGUUGUUAUGGGCUGUUAUCGCAUUGUCUUCUUAAAUAUGUUUGUUACCAGUAUAAUGAGCUUUUUGAAUAAUUUUCAAACGGCUCAACAAGCCAUAAAAGAUGCGUCAGCCGCGGCUGCAGAAGCUGCAAAGACGAAUAUUAAAGACGUUAAGGAAAGUGCGACACGUAUUGGUCUAGCGGUAAAAAUUAAGGCUCCUGUUAUAUAUGUACCGAUGCAUUCUAAAAGUGAUCAAUGCUUAACGUUAGACAUGGGUAAUCUUACUGUAUGUAACGUUUUCAGGAAGUUGGAAGUAACAAACGAAACUGGAGAUAAUCCUAUUGUGGAUGAAAUGAAGAUUGAAUUGCAAAAUUUAAAAUUAUCACGAGUAAGAUUAAACAUGGAAAAGUUUUCGAUUGAACAUGAAAUACUAUUGCUAGAACCUGUCAGUUUUACAUUACUCAUUAAACGUAAUUUAUCGACUGCUUGGUUUACCUCUAUACCAGACAUCGAUAUGUCUGGCAGACUAAAUAAAAUUAGUAUACUGAUAAGCAAAGAGGACUAUGUUACUGCACUGAAAGUAUUAGAAGAAAACCUAGGCGAAACGGUUGAGGACAAAAAGCUUACAUCGAGUGUCAAUCAAAGUGAAAAGAAACUCGAAGUUGAAAUUUUACAACAUCGUCAAACGGAUAAGUUUGAGAGAACUACUGCAGGAGGUACAGAAGACACAGACUUCCAGGAACAAAUACAUGCGCACACGUCUAUCAAAUUUGAAUUUGUUAUGGACAGUCUUGUGAUUAGUUUAUUCACAGGAGGCUCAAAAACGCUGCAAUCACAAACUUCUUUGCUCCAUCUACCAGAGAAUGGAUUGGCAAAAUUCUGUUUGACUUAUUUCGCGUUAAAAGGUAGAAUAUUCGCCGAUGGAUUAAUGGUAACCUCCAUUCUUCUGAUGAAUUGUACGUUGGACGAUACGCGCCAAAAUAGACAAGGUUCUCUUAUAAGAAUCAUGGAAAGAACUACAGCGGUACCGUCCAUCGAUGACGUAGAGAAAGAAUCAAAAUCCAUUCGUAGUAUGUUAGACAUGACUAUUAGACAAAGUCCUAACGAUACAUUCGUCGAUAUUCGAGUUUUCUCGUUCAGCAUAAUCGUGUCUCUCGAUUAUCUGAUGAAAAUAAAGGACUUUUUCAUCAACGAAGCACCAUCGACGAAUAAAUCAGCACCACAACAUGUAACAAAGAGUCACAACGAGCCGAUGGUUAAAAAAAAACAAGCUGCUACACCACCGACUAAAAAGAUGUUCACGAUUAAUAUACACAUUGAGAAACCGGAUAUUAUUCUGCUGGAAGACAUGGAUGAUAUAAAUUCAAAUUGUAUCAUAUUAAAUACCGAAUUGCUACUGAAAGUACGUUUAAUGGAUGAACAUCAAGUAAUAACAGGAUCUAUAAAAGAUUUAUCAAUAUUGGCUGGUAUAUACAAUCCAAUGAAGAGAAGCGAUUGGAUAUAUCAGGUUCUAAGACCAUGCAGCGUUAGCGUAGCAGGCUCUACACCAGAAGGAAAAGGACUUUACAUCGACGUUUGUUGUACGGAUAUUCAUGUAUCAGUUUCACCAGGUGUCAUAGAAAUAUUGAAUAAGGUCGUUCAGACUGCCACGAAAACGGAAGUAAAAGAUCAAGAAAUUGUGGUUGCUGAACAGAAUUAUGAAGGAUUGUGGAUUGUAACACCAUUUGAAGAAAGUGACUUUUGGUUCAUAAAAACAGAAGUGGGAGUAGAGGCAGUAGAAGAUUUUAUAUACUCCGAAGACGAGGAUAUUACAGCUUACAAAUCAGAAUUGGCGAUUAUUUCUGCACCAACGAUUCUUUUUACAUUGGAAGCAGGUGUUGGUAAUAAAACGUUACCAAUGCUCCUGCUUCAUAUUGGAUUCCAAAGUAACAUCAACGAUUGGAGUACAAAAACUAUGAGCAUAGAAUGUACAAUGUCAUUGAUUAUGGCUUAUUACAACAGUUGUCUAGCAUUAUGGGAACCAUUAAUCGAACCGAUAGAAGGAACUAGAAAUGGAAGGCGAAUUUCGACACCUUGGGAAUUAAAGACUAAAAUUCAAUUUAACGAUAUGUCAGCGGACUCUAGAGGCCUGAGUGCAAUCAGUCCCACAUCAGAUAAUGAGCCAGAUGAAUUUCAUCAAACUCCGAAAAUGUCUAUCGAUAUAGAUUCUACUGAAAAUUUGGAAAUAACUGUAACCAAAACUUGUCUUGACGUGUUGAAACAACUUGGUAACGCAUUUUCAUCUGCUAUGGAAGCUGGUGAAAAAGGAACAGUAAAAAGUGUAGCACCUUAUGUACUGAAGAAUGAAACUGGUUUAGCGAUGGUUUUGGAUUUGGAACAUAGUCAUUUCAAGGUUUUUAACGAUGGAUCAAAGCUCACUAGUAAUACCACAGAUUCGUACAUGGAAGUGAUUCUCGAAUCUGGUGCUUCAGUGGAACUUGCUCCCAAAACUACGAAAACAGAAAUACCGUUACUAGAUCAAUUGAAAACUGACACGAUUAAAGAACGGGAGGAUGAUAAAUUCAUUAUUUCGUUCAAAGAAAUUAGUGGCACAUUGGCGAUACCUGUUCUAAGAGCUGAUAAGAGAUUCUUUUCAUUGAAAUAUCGAAAAGAAGGUUCUGAAGAAUGGGGUAUUGUUUCUGACGUUGUUGUAGAUGAAGGAAGUACUAUUGUUACUCUUAGAAGUAUUUUACAGGUGCACAAUCAUUUCAGUCAACCGAUAUCUGUAUACUAUAUGACUAAGCGUGGAAACGAAGUGGAAUGUGUAGGCACUGUUGCUCCGGAUAGUAAAUUGAAUCUUCCAUUAGAUGCUGUAUAUACUCCAACAAAUAUUUAUUGGCUAUUUUUCAGCGUUGAUGGUUAUAUGGUUUCAUUAGAACCAUUUAUUUGGAAAGAUCUGCAAAAGACAGUUAGUAUGACAAAGCUUAUGAAAUGUGAAAGUCGAGCGAGACAUGAAAUCGCAGAACCGUUUUAUAUAAAGGUUUGUUUCGUGAUGAUUGUGGUUGGUAGUAUUUUAUAUAAUAACAACACUAUUGGCUUAUUAUUGAAUGCUAUUAACUGGCAAUCCAUAUUCUGUCGUUUCAUUGAUUGCGUCAAGCAUCUUUGCUUGAAAAAAUUACCCUCUGAACACAAAAAAUAUUUGGAAGCACCUAUUCAGGUUGUCGGUGAAAUAGAACAGGUAUAUUUUGAAAAUACUACCCGACAUACUAUGGCAAGUACCAUUUAUAAUGUUCAUUUGUACCCAUCUGUAUACUUAAAGAAUUUUCUGCCUAUCGAUAUUAUUGUAUGUCUACCUGGAGCUGUACAAGAAAAGCUUUUAGAAGCUGGUACAUCUUAUCAGAUUCCUACUAUUGAUCCUGGAAAGUCUUACAUAAUUAUAAAGCUACCAAAUUAUUUAGAAAAAGAUUGGUCAUGUAGGGGUGAAAUAUUGGCAAAUCCACCAGAAUUUUCAGUCUGGUCUUUUGAGUCUUUUGACAGUGCACAGAAAGUUAUAAUGGAUUUAGGAAUGCAUACAUCGUAUAAACAUGGUUCUAUAGUUAUGGCACUAUAUUGUCCAUUUUGGAUGCUGAAUAAAACUGGCUUAAUGUUGUCCUACCGGAAAUCAAGUAAGGGUGGCAAAGAACACUCAAGUCCAAUCAAGAAUUUGGUUUGUGUGAAACCCCAUCGACCACGUGCAGAAUACAGGAGGAAGAAAAAAGCACGUUCGACUGGUGAAGACCACUUAAACGUAUUAUACCAUCCAGAAAACUUCAAGGGACCAAUAUUGUUCUCAUUUCGUUCUAAAGUGUUCUUUGGUAAAAAGAAGGCCAUGAUUAGGGUAGAAGAUGGUGAAUGGUCUGAUAAAUUCUCUAUAGAUGUUGCAGGAAGUGAGGGUGUAGUUGUUUGCAAAUAUAAUGGUCUAACAUACCAGAUUGGAGUUCACAAUCAAUUGACUUAUAAUUCUUUAACUAAACAGAUCACAUUUACUCCAUAUUAUGUACUGAUAAAUAAUUCCCAUUUUCUUAUUGAAUGUCAAGAAGGUGAUAGACCAGCUGAUCCUAUGAUUAAGGUUCCUCCAGGUGAAUGCACGUCUUUAUGGCCUCAUUCUGAACAUGAACAAAAGACUCUAAGAGCUAGAAUCGCGGGUGACCCCGAGAAAACUGCACCAUUCCUCUAUACAGAAAGCCACACGACUUUAUUGAAAUUAAAUAAUAAGUAUGGUGGAAUUAACGUGGAUAUACAAAUAAGUGAAGGUGGAAUUUAUAUUUCCUUAUCUCUUUACACUCACGGAAAUGCCCCAGCACUAAUUAUUAAUCAUACUUCACACACAAUUAAUUUCUGGGAAAAAGGUUCAUUGAAUGUUAGAUCCGUACAGUCAUUCAAUAGAAUGUUUUAUACCUGGGAAAACCCCGCAGGCCCACGGAAAUUAGUGUGGGAAGACAGCAAUAAAAAAGAAAUCGAGGAGACUCUCAGAAAAGAUACUUUAGGAACUUUCAUACUAUCAGAUAUAGAAGAAGAAUUAUUCUAUGUGUCAUUUUUGGACGGUACACAGCGAGUACUUCUGUUCACGACAAACAUGAAAAUUGCAGGAGACUGUCAGUUAGCCGGUGAUUGCGAAACUAUAGAUCAAGAAGUCACAAUAAGUAUUCACGGUGUUGGAUUUUCCCUUGUUAAUAACAUCACAAAAUCAGAAUUGUUAUAUCUGUGUAUAGCUAGUUCUGGAAUUAUAUGGGAAACACGUAAAUCUAUUACCCAUCGUUGGCGCGGUCUCAGCGCUAAAGAUAUAAAUAUUAUAGAGGAAGGUUAUCAGAAAUAUAUGCGCGAACUACAGAUAGGGAAAAAUCCAAUGCAAAGAAUAAUGCUUGAACCAAAAUUAGAGGUCGAUUACUUGAACAUGGAAUUGUUGAAACCACAUCGUCGUUGUUUACGACGUACUUUCCAAACUGGAUUAUGGCUACAAUAUCGCACGUCAUUGCAUCAAGUACAAUUGCAUGCAAAGAUCAAUAGACUUCAAAUUGAUAAUCAAUUUGUAGACUGUAAUUUCCCGGUUAUAUUGGCACCAGUUCCACCCCCUAAAAGCGUUACAGGUAGUACUGUUAUGAAACCAUUUGCUGAAUUGAGUAUGGUUAAACGAUUACUAGAACAUAGUAACGUACAGCAAUUCCGGUACUUUAAAGUUCUCAUUCAAGAAUUUCAUGUGAAAGUAGACAUUGUAUUUAUUAACGCAAUUAUGGGGCUGUUUGAAACGAACGAAAUGAACGAUACGGAAGAAAGCAAAUUGUUUAAAUUAGAUAUGAAACUGGUCGACGAACCACUAAUGUACCACGUUAGUUUAAUUACUACAGCUGAACAGAAGAACUUUUUCGAUUUGCUUCACUUUUCACCCUUAAAGAUACAUAUAAGUUUUUCAAUGACUGGUAGCAGUAGUGGACCCUCUGCAGUGCCUCAAGUAUUAAACGUAUUGCUACAAGGAAUAGGUGUUACUUUAACGGAUAUUAACGAUAUUGUUUUCAAACUAGCGUAUUUUGAAAGAGAAUACACUUUCAUGACCAAUAAACAACUCAUUUCUGAAGCAACAAUGCACUAUGUGGGACAAGCAAUCAAACAAGUAUAUGUUCUCGUUUUGGGACUGGAUGUGAUAGGCAAUCCUUAUGGUCUUGUAGUGGGUACCAUGAAAGGUAUCGAAGAUUUGUUUUAUGAACCUUUCCAAGGUGCUAUACAAGGGCCUGGAGAAUUUGCAGAAGGUUUGUUUCUUGGUAUGAGAAGCAUGUUGGGUCAUACUGUUGGAGGAAUGGCUGGAGCAGUCUCUAAAAUAACUGGAGCUAUGGGUAAAGGCUUAGCUGCUUUGACGUUUGACAAAGAUUAUCAGAGAAAGCGACAAGAGCAGCUUAACAAGCAACCAGCUAAUUUACAAGAAGGCCUUGCUCGUAGUGGAAAGGGCUUGGUGAUGGGUGUCGUCGAUGGUGUAGCCGGUGUUGUAAUGAAACCCAUAUCGGGUGCCAAAGAAGAAGGGGUGGAAGGAUUUUUCAAAGGGUUUGGAAAAGGUGUUGUUGGGCUUGUUACCAGACCAACUGCUGGUGUCAUAGAUUUUGCCAGUGGUUCGUUUGGAGCAGUGAAACGCGCAACUGAAUUGAACGAAGAAGUAAAGAAAGUCAGACCACCUAGAUUUUUCCAACCAGAUAAUCUAGUUAGAUCCUAUGUUAGGGAAGAAGCAGAGGGACAUAAAAUCUUAAUUGAAUUGGAGAAAGGAAAAUAUGCGAAUACUGAUAUUUAUUUUUAUCAUAUAUACAUUAACAAAAACGUACUAUUGCUUACUGAUAAGAGAAUAGCAUAUUUAGAAUACAGUGACUUAUUCGGUGGAUGGCGGGUGGAUUGGACUCACACGUGGCAAGAUAUGAGCGAAUUACCGAAAAUAGUCGAUAAGGGAGUUCAAAUAUUUGUUAAGGAUACUAAUAGGAAGAAGAAACUAGGAAACCUAUUUGGUAGUGCGGAUCAAUCAAAAAUAGUUUUCAUACCUGAUUAUAAUAUGAAACAGUUUUUAUGCAAUAAAAUGCAAGAGCAAAUUAAUCAAUGCGGGAUGUAAUACCAGAAAAGCAUAAAGAUAGAUUACACAUAAAGAAUACAUACAUACUUUAAUACUUAAAUACAGUUAAUUG